GACGGUGUAGCAGCUGCAUAAUAAAUGAUGGAGAGAAUCAUGUUAGGCAUGCCCACCUAACCUAACUUGAAUCAUGCGAAAGGGGAGCUGCUGGAAUUCAAAUAGACUUUCUGGUUCCCAGCAGUCGGCAGUAAUAGAAUGCUUUCAGGAAGAUGACAGAUGCAGGGGAAAGAUGCUGUUUUGCACUAUCUUGAUUUGUUACGGCAGCCAACUUAUUGGCAUGAUGGAGUGACAAGAAAAGCAGCUGGCAUGGAAGAUGAACGGGAAGAUGUUCAAAAGAAAACUUUCACAAAAUGGAUAAAUGCACAGUUUGCUAAGUUUGGAAGACGUUACAUUGAAGACCUUUUUAAUGAUUUUCGAGAUGGACGAAGACUUCUGGAGCUCCUGGAAUGCCUUACAGGCCAAAAACUUGCAAAAGAAAAGGGCUCCACAAGAGUUCAUGCUCUGAACAAUGUCAACAAAGCAAUCCACAUUUUGCAGAGAAAUAAUGUUGAUUUGGUAAAUAUAGGGAGCUCAGACAUUGUGGAUGGAAAUCAUAAGCUGACCCUUGGUUUGAUCUGGAAUAUAAUCCUCCACUGGCAGGUCAAAGAUGUAAUGAAAAACAUCAUGGCUGGACUGCAGCAGACAAACAGUGAGAUGAUUCUGCUGAGCUGGGUCCGUCAAUCGACUCGCAAUUAUCCACAGGUCAACGUUACCAAUUUCACCACUAGCUGGUCUGAUGGAUUGGCUUUCAACGCACUCCUCCACAGCCACAGACCGGACCUAUUUGAUUGGAAUGCUGUUGCUUCUCAGCCAUCACCUGUGCAACGAUUAGACCAUGCAUUCAACAUAGCCAGGCAGCACCUGGGAAUAGAGAAACUCCUUGAUCCUGAAGAUGUUGCAACUGCCUGUCCAGAUAAAAAGUCCAUCUUAAUGUAUGUGACUUCGCUCUUUCAAGUCCUGCCCCAGCAAGUCACCGUGGAAGCCAUCAGGGAGGUGGAGAUGUUGCCACGACACUCAAGGGUCACUAGAGAAGAGCACAUAGAGGUACAUGAACAGCAUUUUUCACAAGAAAUCACAGUCAGUGUACCCCAGGGACCUUCGCCUUCUCCUAAACCACGGUUCAAAAGUUACGCAUAUGCACAAGCUGUGUAUGUCACAUCCCCUGACCAAAAAAGGAGGCAGGUUCCUCCACAGUUUUUAGGAAGUGUUGAAGAAAAGACAUUCAGCACCGUGCGGAUGGGGGCUAGAAUGGAUCUUGAAAACUACCAAACUGCUUUAGAAGAAGUGCUCACAUGGCUUCUCUCUGCUGAAGAUGCAUUACAAGCACAAGGAGAUAUAUCCAAUGACGUAGAAGUUGUUAAAGAACAGUUUCACACCCACGAGGGUUUCAUGAUGGAGUUAACAGCUCACCAAGGACGUGUUGGUAAUGUUUUGCAAGUUGGAAGUCAACUUCUGUCAACUGGAAAACUUUCAGAUGAGGAAGAGAAUGAAAUCCAAGAACAAAUGAAUCUACUUAAUUCUCGCUGGGAAAGUCUCAGGGUCGCAAGUAUGGAAAAACAAAGCAAUUUACAUAAAAUCCUGAUGGAUCUGCAGAAUCAGCAGCUGGCCCAGCUAGCUGAUUGGCUGACAAAAACUGAGGAAAGGACAAAGAAAAUUGAUUUGGAGCCCUUAGGUCCAGAUCUAGAGGACCUAAAGCGUCAAAUAGAAGAACAUAAGGCAUUUCAAGAAGAUCUGGAGCAAGAACAAGUCAAGGUGAACUCCCUAACCCAUAUGGUAGUGGUGGUGGAUGAAAACAGUGGAGAUAGAGCUACUGCUGCACUGGAAGAGCAGCUUCAGCACUUUGGAAAACGGUGGGCAGCCAUCUGUAGAUGGACAGAAGAGCGAUGGGUCCUCCUGCAAGAUAUUCUUCGUAAAUGGCAGCAUUUUGCAGAAGAGCAGUGCCUUUUUGAUGCAUGGCUUACUGAGAAAGAGGAUGCUGUGAGCAAAAUUCAUACAACUGGCUUUGGAGAUCAAAAUGAAAUGCUGACCAAUCUAAGCAAAUUAGCUAUUCUAAAAGGAGAUCUAGAAAUGAAAAGGCAAAUGAUGAGUAAGCUGAAGUUGCUCAGCCAAGAUCUCCUCGUAGCUGUGAAAAAUAAAGCAGUGGCUCAAAAGCUGGAAAGUCGUCUUGAAAAUUUUGCCGAGCGCUGGGAAAGCCUUGUGCAGAAGGUGGAGAGCAAUUCUAAGCAGAUUUCGCAGGCUGUCACUACCACUCAGACAUCACUAACACAGACAACUGUAAUGGAAACUGUAACUAUGGUGACCACAAGAGAACAAAUCCUGGUUAAGCAUGGUAAAGAGGAACUCCCACCACCUCCACCCCACAAAAAAAGGCAACUCCUUGUGGAUUCAGAAAUUAGGAAGAGGUUUGACUCGGAUUCGACAGAGCUCCACAGCUGGAUGACCCGCUCCGAGGCAGUGCUGCUGAGUCCUGAGUUUGCCAUCUACCGAAAGGAAGGGAACAUCUCAGACCUCAGAGAAAGAGUCAAUGCCAUCCAGCGAGAAAAGCCUGACAAGUACAGAAAACUGCAAGAUGCCAGCAGAUCAGCUGAAGCCCUGGUGGAACAGAUGGUGAAUGAGGGUCUAAAUCCUGACAACAUUAGACAAGCUUCAGAGCAGCUGAAGAGCCGCUGGAUUGAGUUCUGUCAGUUGCUGAGUGAAAGACUGACAUGGCUGGAGUACCAAAAUAACAUCAUUGACUUCUACUCCCAGCUGCAGCAACUGGAGCAGACAGCAAUUACUGCAGAAAACUGGUUGAAAGCACAACCCAAACCAGCAACAGAUCCUGCUACAGUAAAAACCCAGUUAGAAAGAUGCAAGGAUGAAAUCAUUCGAAUGUCAACCCUGCAGCCUCAAAUUGAACGGCUAAAGGCUCAAAGUCAAGCACUCAAAGAGAAAGAACAAGGACCAGUGUUUCUGGAUGCUGACCUUGCUGCUUUUACCAGCCAUUUCAAACAAAUAUUUGCUGACAUGCAUGCCAGAGAAAAGCAGCUACAGACCAUUUUUGACAGUUUGCCUCCUGCACACUACAAGGAGACAAUGAACACUAUACUUGUGUGGAUGCAGCAGUCAGAAACUAAACUCUCCGUGCCUCAGGUUGCAGUUGCUGAAUAUGAAAUCAUGGAGCAGAGGCUCAGGGAGUUCAAGGCUCUACAAAGUUCUCUGCAAGAGCAGCAAAAAGGCCUGAAUUAUCUCAGCACAACUGUGGAAGACUUGUCCAGGAAAGCCCCUGCAGAAGUCAGUCAGAGUUACCGAUCAGAGAUUGAGGUGGUCCUUGGCCGCUGGAAGAAGCUCUCGGCACAGCUGGCGGAACAUUGCCAGAAACUGGAGGAGCGAAUGAGCAAACUCCAGCGAUUCCAGAAUGACACUAAAACACUGAAGAAGUGGAUGGCUGAAGUGGAUGUUUUUCUGAAGGAGGAGUGGCCUGCCCUUGGAGACUCAGAAGCACUGGAAAAGCAACUUGAGCAGUGUACAGCUUUAGUAAAUGAUAUCCAGACAAUCCAGCCCAGUUUGAACAGUGUUAAUGAGACUGGGGAGAAAAUGAAGAGAGAAGCAGAGCCAGAAUUUGCUUCCAGAAUAGAGUCAGAGCUAAAGGAUCUCAAUGCUCAAUGGGACCACAUUUGCCAACAGGCCUAUGCUAAGAAGGCUGCAUUAAAAGGUGGUUUGGAUAAGACUGUGAGUCUCAGAAAGGAUUUAUCAGAGAUGCAUGAGUGGAUAACACAAGCUGAGGAAGAAUAUCUGGAAAGAGAUUUUGAGUAUAAAACACCCGAUGAGUUACAGAAAGCUGUUGAGGAACUGAAGAGAGCAAAGGAGGAAGCUCUGCAGAAAGAGGUGAAAGUGAAGCUUAUUACAGAUUCUGUGAAUAAUUUUAUAGCAAAGGCUCCACCAGCAGCUCAUGAGGCUUUGAAAAAGGAGCUUGAUGUUCUAAUUACCAGCUACCAGCAACUCUGCAGCAGACUGAAUGGAAAGUGGAAGACUUUGGAGGAGGUAUGGGCAUGUUGGCGUGAAUUAUUGUCGUAUUUGGAUGUAGAAAAUAAAUGGUUGAAUGAGAUCGAACGGAAACUCAAAGCGACUGAAAAUAUCCAGGGAGGUGCAGAAGAGAUUUCUGAGUCUUUAGAUUCUCUGGAACGUUUAAUGAGACAUCCAGAAGAUAACCGCAACCAGAUUCGGGAACUGGCUCAGACUUUGACAGAUGGUGGAAUCUUGGAUGAAUUGAUCAAUGAGAAACUUGACAAGUUCAAUACUCGAUGGGAAGAACUUCAGCAGGAGGCCGUGAGAAGACAGAAAAGUCUUGAACAGAGUAUUCAAUCUGCACAGGAGACUGACAAAACACUGCGCUUGAUCCAGGAGUCUCUGGCUGUUAUUGACAAACAGUUAACAGCUUACACUGCAGACAGAGUGGAUGCAGCACAGGUCCCUCAGGAAGCACAGAAAAUACAAUCUGAAUUAACAAGCCACGAGAUUAGCUUGGAAGAAAUGAAGAAACGAAACCACGGUAAAGAUGCUGCCAAAAGAGUGCUUUCCCAAAUUGAUGUGGCACAGAAAAAGCUGCAGGAUGUGUCCAUGAAGUUUCGCUUGUUUCAAAAGCCAGCCAACUUUGAGCAGCGCCUCCAAGAAUGUAAAAGGAUUCUAGAUGAAGUGAAAUUGCAGGUGCCCAAGCUGGAGAUGAAGAGUGUUGAGCAGGAAGUAGUACAAUCACAGCUGGAUCAUUGCAUGAAAUUAUAUAAAAACCUGAGUGAGGUGAAGUCUGAAGUGGAAACAGUGAUAAAAACUGGGAGGCAGAUUGUUCAGAAGCAGCAGACGGAGAGCCCAAAGGAACUGGAUGAAAGGCUUACAGCUUUGAAGCUGCAAUAUAAUGAAUUGGGUGCAAAGGUGACAGAAAAAAAGCAAGAGUUGGAGAAAUGCUUGAAAUUGUCCCGGAAACUACGGAAAGAGAUCAAUGCUCUGACAGAGUGGCUCGCAGCGACAGACGCGGAACUGACAAAGAGAUCGGCUGCACAGGGGAUGCCAAGCAAUUUGGAUGCUGAAAUUGCCUGGGGCAAGGCAACACGGAAGGAGAUUGAGAAACGCCAGGUCCAGCUUAAGAGCAUCAGUGAUUUAGGAGAGAACUUGAAGGGAGUGAUGAAAGGCAAGGAAAGUCUUGUGGACGAUAAACUCAGCCUGCUGAACAGUAACUGGAAAGCGGUAACUUCACGUGCUGAGGAAUGGUUCAAUCUGUUACUGGAAUAUCAAAAGCACAUGGAGGCUUUUGAUCAGAAUAUAGCUAAUGUCACUACUUGGAUGUAUCGUGCUGAAAUACUGUUGGAUGAAUCUGACAAACAAAAACCCCAGCAAAAAGAGGAAAUUCUUAAGCGCUUAAAGGCUGAGCUGAAUGACAUUCACCCCAAGGUGGACUCUGUGCGUGACCAGGCCAGAGACUUGAUGACAAACCGUGGGGAUCACUGCAGGAAAGUAGUAGAGCCUAAACUCUCAGAGCUCAACCAGCGAUUUGCAACUAUAUCACAAAGAAUAAAGAGUGUAAAGCCCUUCAUUCCUUUGAAGGAAUUGGAGCAAUUUGACUUCGAUAUACAAAAAAUGCUUGAACCACUGGAGGUUGAAAUUCAGCAGGGAGUGAAUCUGAAAGAGGAGGACUUCAGUAAAGAUAUGAGUGAAGAGGAUGAGAGCACAGUGAAAGAAUUGCUGCAAAGGGGCGAGAGGCUGCAAAAGGGAGUCACAGAUGAGAAAAAACGUGAGGAAAUAAAGAAAAAACAACAGCUAUUGAGGACUAAACAUAAUGCUCUCAAGGACUUGAGAGCUCAAAGAAGAAAAAAGGCUUUAGAGAUUUCUCAUCAAUGGUAUCAGUACAAGAGGCAGGCUGAUGACCUAAUGACAUGGCUGGAUGACAUUGAGAAAAAGUUAGCCAGUCUGCCAGACCACAAAGAUGAGCAGAAGCUAAAGGAGAUUGGUGGAGAAUUGGAGAAGAAGAAGGAAGAUCUGAAUGCGGUGCACAGGCAGGCUGAACGCCUGUCUAAGGAUGGGGCUGCAAAAGCAGUGGAGCCAACCCUGAUACAGCUCAGCAAGCGCUGGCAAGAUUUUGAGAGCAAAUUUGCUCAGUUUCGAAGACUCAACUAUGCACAAAUUCAAACAGUUCGUGAAGAUACAACUUUUAUGAUGACUGAAACUAGGACUGUGGAAACCAUUCAUGUGCCUUCUACGUACCUGGCAGAGAUCCUUCACCUUCUGCAAGCUUUGUCUGAAGUGGAAGAGCGCCUUAAUUCUCCUGUUCUGCAGGCUGGGGAUUGUGAGGAUCUCUUCAAACAAGAAGAGUGUCUCAAGAGCAUUAAGGAUAGCCUGGGGAGACUGCAGGGUCAUGUAGAAAUUAUUAACAACAAGAAGACACCGGCUUUGCAAAAUGUUACACCAAAGGAAGCAGAAAAUAUACAAGAAAAGCUGACUCAACUUAAUUUUGAAUGGGAGAAAGUUAACCAGAUGUACAGGGACCGACAGGCACGGUUUGACAAAUCUUUGGAAAAGUGGCAGAUUUUUCAUUCUGACAUGAAGAGAUUUAAUCAUUGGCUAAGCGAAACUGAAGAGAAGCUGUCAAGAGCACAGAUAGAAGCUGGAGACGUGGGGCUUGUGAAAACAAAGCAAUUUAUCCAGGAGCUUCAGGAUGGCAUUGGGCAGCAGCAAACUGUUGUCAAAACAUUGAAUGCAACUAGUGAAGAGAUUAUUGAGCAGUCAUCAACAGCAGAUGCCAAGGUGCUGAGGGAACAACUGGAAAGUUUGAAUACCCGGUGGAAGGAGAUCUGCAGACAGUUGGUGGAGAAAAAAAAGAGGAUAGAGGAAGAAAAGAAUAUUUUAUCAGAAUUUCAAGAGGAUUUGAACAAGCUGAUUUUAUGGUUAGAGGAAGCAGACGGCAUUAUUCGUAUUCCCCUAGAACAAGGGAAUGAAGACCAGUUGAGAGACUGCCUGAGCAAAGUAAAGUUAAGAGUUGGAGAGCUGCCGCACCACAAGGGAAUACUGAAACGAUUAAAUGAAACUGGAGGAAUAGCACUUGGAAGCACAUCACUGAAACCAGACACAAAACAUAAGCUUGAGAGUACACUGAAGGAGGCUAACCAUCGUUUGUUAAAGGUGUCCAAAGAUCUUCCAGAAAAACAAAAAGAAAUAGAGUUUCUGCUAAAGGAUUUUGUUGAACUUCAUCAACAACUAAAUCAGGCGAUAUUGUGGGUAACGCCUGUCAAGAACCAGCUAGAGCUUUAUAACAAAGUGGGUCAGCCCGGAGCCUUUGAUAUUAAGGAAACUGAAGCAGCAGUGCAAGCUAAACAGCCGAAUGUGGAAGAGGUUUUGUCUAAAGGGUGUCAUUUAUAUAAGGAAAAACCAGCUACUCAUCCAGUAAAGAAAAAAAUAGAAGACUUGAAUGCUGACUGGAAGGCAAUACACCACUUAAUUCAACAACUAAAGGAAAAGCCAGCGUUAGCAGCAUUUGGCCAUCUAUCUUCAGGUGUCUUAACUCCUGGUGAAACUGUUGCUGUGGAUACACAAACCAGGGUAACCAAGGAAACCACCACCUUCAAACCAGAAAUGCCAUCUUCUGUGCUUUUGGAGGUUCCAGCCUUGGCUGACUUCAAUAAGGCAUGGGCAGAACUCACUGACUGGCUUUCUCGACUGGAUCGAGAGAUAAAAUCUCAGAGAGUGAAAGUAGGUGAUCUUGAUGACAUCAACGACAUGAUCAUCAAACAAAAGGCAAUACUACAGGAUCUGGAGCAAAGACGUCCCCAGCUGGAUGAACUAAUAACUGCAGCACAAAAUCUAAAAAACAAGACAAGCAAUCAAGAGGCCCGGACAAUAAUUACUGACCGCAUUGAAAAGAUACAGAGCCAGUGGGAUGAAGUGCAUGGAUACCUCCAAAGCCGGAAACAACAGCUUCAAGAGAUGUUGAAGGAUUCAACACAGUGGCUGGAAGCUAAACGAGAAGCUGAACAGGUUCUUGAACAAGCAAAAGCAAAGCUUGAGUCAUGGAAAGAAAUCUCCUACACUGUGGAAGCUUUGAAAAAGCAGAACGCAGAACUUAAGCAAUUUGCAAAAGAAAUACGACAAUGGCAAAUAAAUGUAGAUGUGGCAAAUGACAUGGCACUUAAGCUGCUCCGUGAUUAUUCAGCAGAUGACACCAGAAAUGUACAACUGAUGACAGAUAGCAUUAAUGCAUCGUGGGCUGCCAUUAAUAAAAGGGUUUUUGAACGUGAAGCAGCUCUGGAAUCAGCCCUAAGAAUGUUGCAGCAAUUCUACCUGGAUCUCGAAAAGUUCCUUGCUUGGCUUACGGAAGCUGAAACAACUGCAAAUGUCCUGCAGGACGCUACACACAAAGAAAAGACACUAGAGGAUGCCAAAAUGGUUCGGGACCUCAUGAAACAGUGGCAGGAGCUACAGGCAGAAAUUGAUGCUCACACUGACAUCUUUCACAACCUGGAUGAAAAUGGACAGAAAAUCCUGAGGUCCCUGGAAGGCUCUGAGGAUGCAACCCUGCUGCAGAGACGUCUGGAUAACAUGAACCUCAGAUGGAGUGAACUUAGGAAGAAAUCUCUAAACAUUAGAUCCCAUUUGGAAGCCAGUACUGACCAGUGGAAGCGAUUACAUCUCUCUCUUCAGGAACUUUUGGCAUGGCUGCAGUUGAAGGAGGAUGAAUUAAAACAGCAAGCACCCACUGGUGGAGAUCUUCCCACUGUGCAGAAACAGAAUGAUAUUCAUCGGACUUUCAAGAGGGAGCUAAAAACAAAAGAACCUGUUAUCAGGAGUGCCCUUGAGACUGUGCGAAUCUUCCUGGCCGAGCAGCCUGUGGAGGCAGUGGAGAAGGUCUGCCCAGAGCCCAGAGAUCUUUCACCUGAGGAAAGAGCCCAUAAUGUCACUAAACUUCUGCAAAGGCAGGCAGAUGAGGUCAGAACUGAAUGGGAUAAGCUGAAUCUUCAGUCUGCUGAUCGGCAAAAGAAGAUCGACGAUGCUCUUGAAAGACUGCAGGGCCUUCAAGAGGCAAUGGAUGAACUGGACCUGAAGCUACGGCAGGCUGAGGCAUUCAAGGGGUCCUGGCAGCCAGUGGGGGAUCUGCUAAUUGACUCUCUGCAGGACCACUUGGAAAAAGUCAAGGUUUAUCGAGCAGAACUUGUUCCCCUUAAAGAAAAGGUGCAUCACGUCAACGAGCUCGCUCACCGCUUCACUCCCUCCGAUAUUCAACUCUCCCAGUACAAUCUCAGCUGUGUGGAAGACCUGAACACAAGGUGGAAGGUGCUACAGGUGGCCAUUGAUGAGCGCAUCAGGCAACUGCAUGAAGCUCACAGGGAUUUUGGCCCUACUUCCCAGCAUUUUCUUACCACUUCUGUCCAAGGCCCCUGGGAGAGGGCAAUCUCACCGAACAAAGUGCCGUAUUAUAUCAACCAUGAGACGCAAACGACCUGCUGGGAUCAUCCCAAGAUGACUGAGCUUUACCAGUCAUUAGCUGAUUUGAACAACGUCAGAUUCUCGGCGUACAGGACUGCCAUGAAACUCCGCAGGCUGCAGAAAGCUCUCUGCCUGGAUCUCCUGAGUCUGUCUGCUGCAUGUGAUGCCUUGGACCAGCACAACCUCAAACAAAACGACCAGCCAAUGGAUAUUCUGCAGAUCAUUAACUGCCUGACCACCAUUUAUGAUCGACUGGAGCAAGAGCACAAUAACCUGGUCAACGUUCCCCUUUGCGUGGACAUGUGCCUCAACUGGCUUCUGAAUGUCUACGACACGGGUCGAACAGGAAGGAUCCGUGUCUUAUCUUUCAAAACUGGUGUUGUAUCCCUUUGUAAAGCACACCUGGAAGAUAAAUAUAGAUACCUGUUCAAACAAGUGGCAAGUUCCACUGGCUUCUGUGACCAGCGCCGGCUGGGGCUGCUGCUGCACGACUCCAUCCAGAUCCCGCGGCAGCUGGGGGAGGUGGCCUCCUUCGGGGGCAGCAACAUCGAGCCGAGCGUCAGAAGCUGCUUCCAGUUUGCCAACAACAAACCAGAGAUUGAAGCAGCCCUUUUCCUGGACUGGAUGAGGCUGGAACCACAGUCCAUGGUGUGGCUGCCUGUCCUGCACAGGGUAGCUGCUGCUGAGACCGCCAAGCACCAAGCCAAGUGUAACAUCUGUAAGGAGUGCCCCAUUAUUGGAUUCAGGUACAGAAGUUUAAAGCACUUUAACUAUGACAUCUGCCAAAGUUGCUUCUUCUCUGGCCGUGUUGCAAAAGGUCACAAAAUGCACUAUCCCAUGGUGGAAUACUGCACACCAACAACUUCAGGAGAAGACGUCCGUGACUUUGCCAAGGUACUAAAAAACAAAUUUCGAACAAAAAGAUAUUUUGCAAAGCACCCACGAAUGGGCUACCUGCCUGUGCAGACUGUCUUGGAGGGAGACAACAUGGAAACUCCUGUUACUCUGAUCAACUUCUGGCCAGUAGAUUCUGCGCCUGCCUCGUCCCCUCAGCUCUCACACGAUGAUACUCAUUCACGCAUUGAACAUUAUGCUAGCAGGCUAGCAGAAAUGGAGAACACCAAUGGUUCUUACCUAAAUGACAGUAUUUCACCUAAUGAGAGCAUCGAUGAUGAACACUUGUUAAUCCAGCACUACUGCCAAAGUCUGAACCAGGAGUCCCCCCUGAGCCAGCCCCGAAGCCCUGCCCAGAUCCUGAUUUCUCUGGAGAGUGAGGAAAGAGGGGAACUGGAGAGAAUCCUCGCAGACCUGGAGGAGGAAAACAGGAACCUGCAGGCAGAGUAUGACCGCUUGAAGCAGCAGCAUGACCACAAAGGUCUGUCUCCACUGCCGUCCCCACCGGAGAUGAUGCCGGUGUCUCCGCAGAGCCCCCGGGAUGCUGAGCUCAUUGCAGAAGCCAAGCUGCUUCGCCAGCACAAGGGCCGCCUGGAAGCCAGGAUGCAGAUCCUGGAGGAUCACAACAAACAGCUGGAAUCGCAGCUGCACAGGCUGAGGCAGCUGCUGGAGCAGCCACAGGCAGAUGCCAAGGUGAAUGGUACAACACUGUCAUCUCCUUCUACCUCUUUGCAGAGGUCAGGCAGCAGUCAGCCAAUGCUUCUUCGUGUAGUUGGCAGCCAGACUUCAGAAACCAUGGGCGAGGAUGAGCUGCUCAGCCCUCCCCAGGACACAAGCACAGGUUUGGAGGAAGUGAUGGAGCAGCUGAACAACUCUUUCCCCAGCUCCAGAGGUGUUUGGUAUCAAGUUUUUUUGCUGCUCUUUGUUUUCAUUUUAACAAUAGCUGUAGAGAAACCUGUCUUGUUUAGAGUGGAGAAGCAGCCUGUUCCUCCUUAUCUUAAGCUACCUCCACAGGCAGCCCUUGCCAGAUCUGUGGAUGAAACAAUGCCUUUGUGAGACUCUUUCUUCACCAAGCAUUUUCUUUGGUUCCCUUUUGCCAUGUUCCUUUUCUCACAGUUUUCCUCCUUUUUGGUUGAUCCCCCUUGAUGAUUUAUUUUUUAAUACAUGUCUUAGCACAUUUUUAUUCUGUCCUUAUCUUUCUCCAAGAAUGUGGUUUGAAAUAAAAUUAAAGUUCUAAGUCAAAGUUCUCGACCAUGUGGCCCUUAGGUCCGGAGGCAUGGAGGAAAAACGAGUGGGGUGCUUGUUUGUGCUGCGUAGGCUGCACUUGUACAUACAGCCACAGCAUUUCUUUCAGUGAUUCUAUUUUGCUCAUUCCUGUUGUUUGCUAAAAAUAAGCAUUUGUAUUACCAGGAUUUACUUGUUCAGCCUUUUUUCAUUCAAGAAAUUCUUUUCUGAGCCCAGAAGAAAAUACUCUGCUGCCAAGAAAAAUGGCUGAGAUUCCCUAGCAGGAGAUGGGGAGUUCGGGAUAUUGGCUGUUGCUGUGAAAGGAGGCUCGGACAUGAACCUCUUGGCAAGAGAAGGUCCUGGUAUUGCCAGCCUGAUAAGUAGGUUUCAGGGGGCAUAGACUCCCUGCAGGGGCCUUGCACAGACUUCACACAUCACCCAGGGGCUCUUCUUUAGGAGGUAAAUGCACCAUUGUACUAAACUUCCAGUGGAGUCAGGUUUUCUCCAUCCUUUGCUUUCAAAGCAAGUUCAGCUCUCACCAGACACCAUCUGUGAGCAGUGGGAAAAAAGUCAAUAUAAACUGUAUGAGAUCUCAUUAUAGAUCCAAAGAAGGAAUCAUUUAGAAAGAUAUCAUUGAAUAAAGUCUAAUACAAUAAAUUGUUAACUGCCCUCAGCUCUAUCUCUACAUUAUGUCAAAAAGUCUUAGGUCCAGCCCUCAUUUUGCCUAGAUAAUUGCUAUGAGAGACAACAGAUGAAAAACUUUUCUAAUAUUGCUAUGUGGAUAAAAAUGGACUUAUUUUUAAAGUUGCUGUGUACACAAGGUUACAACAGGCAGUGUUUUCUUAUCAGUGACCAUCAUUUGUGUAAAUAUGUUGUACAUAGAUCUUUCACAGUCACAUGUGUCUAGAUGUAGGUAUCCCAUGUGAAAAAAAAUUCACCAAAUGUGAUAUCUAAUUUGUAUUCAUAGCUGAUGACACUGGCAGUAUUUCUUUUUAAAAACAAGAUUAGUUUUCAGUGAAAUAGGAGCAAUUUAUGAAACAAAAUUUAAUGAGAUAUUUGAAAUAGAGUGGUUCAGUUCCCAUGUAGAAUAAAUAGGUAGAGGUCAGUCUGUUAGACAUCACCUUCUGCUCACUGAGGAUAGAAAAGGAUUUUUUAUCUUAUUAGUGAAAAAUAAAAAGCUUCAUGAAACAAACUGGGAGAAUGUAAAAUUUAGUAGGGAAAAAGGUGAAAUUCAUAAGAUCAGAUAAUAUUUUAAUUUUGUAAAUUAAGCUGUAGCUUCAGAUUUUCAUUCUCAUGAUGCAAAAAGUGGACAUUUAUCUAGACAGAAAGAAUGUAUUCCCAUAUUUUGUUUCUCCAUUCAGUGACUGUGUUGAAAAUGUAGUAGAUGAUCACAGGCAUCCACAAGAGGUAUUGCAGCUUAUAUACUUCCCAGUCCGAAUAGCAGCCAUGGAGAACAAAAAUACUCUCUAUCUGGGUGGAGGGCUGUGAGUGAGGAGGGGGCACAGCCAUUGACAUGAGUCCCCCACAGCCAAGUCAUGAGAGGAGCUCCUGGUGCAGCAGCCAGGAGCAGGCACAGCCCAGCAGAGCCAGGCUUCCCACAGGACUUCUCUUUAAGGUCUUGGCCAAGGCACUUUGUCAGGCUGAGCCUGAAUCUUCCUCUUCCCCUCUCUUGGGCUAUACAAAAAGAUUAGUCCAGCUGGGAGAGAAACUUGUUCAGUUUUUCGGGAAUUGUACCAGGUUUUGGCUAAAGAGAUUAGGACCUCGAUUAGGUUUCUGUGUUCUUCAUGUCUGUUUUGAUGUGUUUGCAUGAAUACCAGGUUAGUGUAAUUCCUUUUGGCUGAGAUAAAGGAAUGGUCAGGAUCUCUGGAAGAAGUAGUUUGCCCUACAGCCAGUGCAAAUGGAUUUCAAUUCAUUGGUUGAUAGAGGCUGCUGAGAGCUCAUGUAAACUUCUGUUACUGAAGUUUUCUUCUAUUCCCAUUUUAAUAAUUCAGUUAAAUUCAGCUGAUACCUGUAUACACAAAGCUUACAUCCAACAUCUGACGUGCUGCAGCCUCAUGCAGGCACCAUGACAUGAAAGAUGCUAUGGUUGGUCAGAUUCCACAGACAUCAGGGAUUUGAUUUAAAAUUUUCAAGACUGCAGGAAGAAGAAAAGGAAGCAGAGUUGAUUGGUCUCAACAAACUACUGAAUCAGGAACCUUCUUGCUGUUGAGAGGUGCAAAUCUAUAUCUCAGAUUUCUAAUCUAUAAUAGAAGCUGAAAGUGCCAUUGCAGAAGAGUGAAAGCAGCCUGAGAAGAGGGCAGAGUGUAAGGACUCAGGCGUGGCACAAGUGAAAUUUCGUUUCUUUCCAUUGCAAGGUGUGUUGAAUCUCAGGUUACAGGUGUGAAUACCUACCUCCAACAGGUGUUUGGGAAACACAAGAAUAAACCCAGACAAGCAAUAGCACAGCCUAUAAACAAUACAUUUUCUUAUAUUGAUUCUAUUAAGUAGAAUUAAAAAAUACCAGAAAGGCAGUCAUCCCAGUCUGCCAUUCAGAAAUAGGCUGUGAUAUAGGAGCUGAGGGAGCUGGGGUGGUUUACUCUGGAGAAAAGAAGGCUCAGGGGAGGCCUUAUCACUCUACAAGUACCUGAAAGGAAGUUGAAGCAAGGUGGGGGUUGGUCUGUCCUCCCAAGUGUCAAGCAGUAGGACAAAGGGAAAUGGCCUUAAGUAGUGGCAGGAGAGGUUUGGACUGGAUUAGGGAGAAUUUCUUCAGAAAAAGGCUUGUCAAGCAUUGGAACAGGAUGCCCAGGGAACCAUGGAGGUAUUUAGAAGACAUGGAGAUGUGGUACCUGGGGACUUGGUUUGGUGGGGGGCUUGGCAGUGCUGGCUUAACAGUUCGACUCAAUGGUCUUAAAAGUCCUUUCCAGUCUUAAUGAUUUUAUGAAAUGUUUUCUUUGUGGCCUGUAAAAAUAAGCAUGUUAAAUUUCAAGCUAAAUAUCAGCAUCUCACAGCAUAGGAUCUGGCAGGCCUCCUCAGGAACAUAAUUCUGGGUGUCCUAUUGCCACUAGAAUAACAACUUGGAGGAGUUCAGAACAAUAAGACAGAAGCAAAUUGGACUUUGAAGGCUUUGGUUGUGAGAAAAGUUCAGAGCUGAACAAGCGGUGAAGAGAGAAAAGGACUGAAUUUCUGGGCUUGAGUGCACAGAACUUGGGCGUCACAGACAUAUUUAGCCUAAAUAUUGUCAAAAGCACCUGAAGUGUAAGACUUGCUCAGGUUGGGAGAUAGUUUACUAAUGCAAGUAGUGGCUCUUAUUUUGGAGUUCUGAAACAAAGCAGUAAAAUGUAGGAGUAAUUGUCACUCACCUGGAGAUAGAUUCCUUAUGAUUAUGAUAUUUUUCAAGCUUUUGGUGCACAGAGUUGUUUUUAAAAGGACAUCAAGGCUUCAUAGGAUCAUUUUGAAUGUAUUUUAGAGAAGCAAGUGUAAAACAGAUGGUGUCAUAGACCUGCACAAGCAGACCUCAGAUGCAGUAACUUACGUACCUUACACCUUUUAUAGGGUUUUUCAUUUGUUUGUUUCUUCAGUUUAACCUUUUGGCAGUUCUUGGCAUUUCCUAAGGAGACCAGGACUUACCUGCUCCUUGCACAGCUGGCUGUUGGUGCCAAAAGCUGUUUCAUUUCUGGAGAGAGAAAUUCUGCUGAAUACCUGAUGAUUGCUGUCCUUAAGGAGUUUUUCUUUCAUUUUAAUCUAAAAGGUUUCCCAUACACUCGUCUUUUACUUUGCUGCUCCCAGCAAAUUCACAACUGCUGCAGCUGCUUCAAACAGCUGCUGUGCUAACUCAAAACAGAUGUCAAAGCCAGAGGUCUGACAUUUAGUGGAAAUCUACCAUUAAAUGCCACCUCAGUGGUUUAUUUGACCCUGCUCUAUAAUGGGCCACAGAGGAAAACAUUUUCACGCCGUAUUUGUGCUCAAACUACUAAAUCUCCAGGGAAUUGGUUCACAGUUAGAAAGUAAGAUUGGCAGGCCAGUAUUUUCAAAGCCAAAUUCACCCCUCCUGCAGCACUGAGGGCGAACAAGUUGCAUCACUUCAGGUGGCUCUCGUGGUGGACCAGGCUGAGUUUUGCAGUUAUGGUUUCAUGUCAAAUGCUUUCUGUGAAUGAAAGCUCAGAGAGGAAUUUAGGGGCAGAAGUUCUUGAACUAACUGAAGCUGGUGAGAGAGCUUCACAGAUUUGCAGUGCUGGGCCCCUGCUGGGAGAUAAUGAAGAAGUGGGAGCGAAAACUUGUUAGAAAUAAGACCAUGAUGGCUUAAAAGAGCUAAGAGGCUGUGACAUAAGGUGAGAACAUUUGGACAGACACUGGUCCUCACAAUUUCGCAUAGUAUUGCUUAACACUUUUGUGGUGUGGUGCAAUAAAUGAAUGACAAGAAGAAUAGCACCCUUUUUUAGGAGUUUUAUUUUUAUCUCAGUCACAUUAAAACACACCAGUCACAUUUUCUCCCCUCACUUGCACAUCAGCCAGGCUCUGUCAUGAAUGGAACUAAUGUCCUAAGUGGAACUAGCAACUUUCAGCACUGCAAAUAAUGCAGUUUCUCUUAUUCUGACAGCAAAAUGUCUUAUGAUGCAGACUUCUCUUUUCACACUUUACUGAGUAAGUGGAAGAGUACCCUGGAGUUGCUGUACUGUGGAGUAUUCUGCAAAUACUCUUCCAGUUGAGAUACCGCAGCCUCUCCUGGGUUGUGUCACCUUCUCUGUGCUGUGGUCCUGCAUGCCACCACAGUGAGCCCAGGCAACUGAGAUCCCUCAUUGCUCCCCUUUGGCACAACAGAACUGAUCCGGCUGAGCUUCUCUGGAGAUGGGACAGUGGUGGGGUGGACUAGCUCUUCCUUGUUUUAUAAUACUCAGUUCUGGUGUAAACUGAGAAUAUGGUAAUAAAUUUAACAAAACUUCAAAGAAUUUUUUUUUCAUUUUGAGAAAAAAGGCUCUUUGCAGACUCAGAUCUCCUUUUUGUGCAGCCUGUCCCUUUCCUGAGCUCAGUGAGAGGGGCAGUGCAGUAGUUGCGUUGUGCUCUGUGUUUUGACCUGGAUCUGCAGAGAGUCCUGCAUGAAGUUUUUGGUGGUGCCUCUGCUUUUAGGUUUGAUGUGGUCACUUGCUGUGUACCUUUGCCUGUGAUACAAUGCCAUGUAGCUUUCCAAAAAAAAAAAGAAAAGAAAACGUCUUCUAUUUUGUAAGGGCAGGAAAUGUUGAUUUGAGCAGGAAUAAUAGAAAAUUAGGCACCCACGGAUUGCAUAUCAGAACUGCAGCAAUAUAGACAAUUUUCUUCCUCUGCAAUUUAUGCCAAACCAUGCUCCUUGCCUUAAAACUUAGAAACACGCAUUCAUUCAUAUGCAAAGAGGAAAAUAACAUAAAAUCCAUUAAACCCUUUUUAAUCUUCCUCCAGAAGAAAUUAGCUGUUGCUGUAGUAGCGCGGAUCUUUGCUGCAUUUAACAAAUUCUAGGGCUGAUUACUCACCACAGACUGUCCUCAGCAGCUGUUUUGUGUGGUGCUGAGCUACCCCAGUUACCUUUAAAUGCAUUCAUUUCCAAGCAGAAUCCAGUCUGCCUCAUGUAGAUUUAAAUUAAACACUGUGUAGCUGCAGUUGUAGGUGCUUGUGCAGACAGGAAGGAGUUUCUUAACACCUCCAGUAUUUUGCUUGUAGGCAGCUCCUUUUCUCUUCUUGACCCAAGCUGAACUGUGGGCCCAAGCUAACCUCCUGCUGGGUCCCAUUCCUGCCCCAGAACUCUUUCAAACCGAGCUGUACUAUGCUGCAGUUUCUGGAGUCCUUAAGCUGACCUAAACCAAAGUAUGCAACAGAUUUUAUAUCUUCCUUUCCAAGGAUUUUCUGUUACAUGAUUUAUAUUGGUGAGAUAUUCUCAUCUCCCCUUUUGGAAGGCAUUUUUUAGGGAAUUCAUGACUCCUGAUAAAAGUGCCAGAGGAGGUCUCAGGCUAUAUAGACAUGCAUGUAAGUCCUAGAAGGUUAGGCAGGCCUUUGAGGUGGAGUCCUUAGAAUUAAGGUGGCAUCUCUCCUGGCCACCAAGCCCUGGUACCUCUGUGCUGCACCAGCACGUGUGGUACAGACAUCACUGAAGUCGAGGACUCCCUUAGGAGCAGAAUAAAAACCCACAAGCAGAGCAUGUUGUUAUCAAACAUAUUGCUAUCAUUUUUAAUAGGAAGUGUGCUGCUGGGGAGAGGGAGGGGGCAGGAAGGGACUAAAACUUCCUCUGUCCAGUAAAUGGCAACCUUUACUGUCCAGGCCUUCAGAGGCUGCCUCAGCCCUUUCCACUGCCUGGAGUUUGUGGCUGAGCUGUGGCUCUGGCCCGUGCUGGUCAGUGAUGCCAUUCCUUUCUCUGCCCUCUCCUCCUCUCCUGUACUGCCUCUGCUCAGCCUUGCUCUGCUGUUGGCUCUUGUUCUGCAACUUGUAAAAUACCCAUAAAGCUGUUUAUUGCCUCUCUUCCCUUCUCCUGCAGGCUGCCAUAGAGCAAAACUUGACAGCAAUUAUUAGGUUACUGUUAUGUUGACUGGUGUAUUCUCCCACACGUGUCUGUCUCUCUCCCCAAUGUCGCACACAUCAUUUAAAAUUGCAUCAUUUACAGCAGCUCUGGGGCAAAGAUCAUCCUCUUUCUUGAACAGCAUCUGCUGCAGUGACUUUCUCACUAGGACUGCAAGCCUGGCCAUGGCAGAGCUGCCAGUCGUGUGACAGUGACAAUGGGACACUGCUUCUGGGGACAGCGAGCGUCUUACUGUUACUGGCUGUGUGGUGGGAAGGAGGACAGGGGGGAGUUUCUGCUGCUGAUAAACACCUGGAUUUCCUUUUUUAAAACAAAUGUGCUAUGAGAAAUGUUUGAGAAGAAUCAGCAUGAUCAAAGUAUGUCUUCUGUGAAGGCUUGUUAGGAACAUCUUUUCAGCUAAACCCAUUAUUGGCUCCAUUUUGGUAGUACUUGAACUUGAUGAGAUACUUUCUCUUUUUUCCCUUUUUACUUGAACUUUUUUCUCUGUUUUCUCCCUCUGCCCCUUCAGCUUUACCAUGCUUGCAGGUCAGCAUGUUGCAAACAUAUUUUGAAAUAUAUUUAUCCUGAAUGCGUGUUGCAUUCCAGUGUACUUCUCCCCGUGUGAAAUAUGUGUGUACACAUAAGCAUGUAUAGCAAUGCAUACCUCAAUGUAUGUAGGCCAUAAUACAAUGUAAAGUGUCUGGAUAAAUUCAUUUGACAUUGGGGGGGAAAUGUUUUUACCACUUACACUGAUUGCUAGAAGUACUCAAAUUAUGCUAAUUAGGAUGCUCAGAAAGUGAUUUCAGAUCUUGUCUGCAGUCCUUAUUCUCAACUGACAGGUGUGUAAAUUGGUGUUAGUAGUUUUCUCAAGUGUUCUUGAGAGGUUAAACCAAGCCACAGGUUACAGAACUGUUGUUGAAUAAAUCAGCUCAGAAUCAUCAGUGGAUUUCAGUGCACUUUCGGUCUUUGUUUAAGCAGAAAUGCAACUUUUAAUGUUAAAUUUCUAAAUUGAAAUUGAAAUGUCUUUUACAGUAUAAAAUAUAUAUUCAUGUGUGGUUUUUUACCUUUCUUUCUGAUAAUUAUUCCACUUCCUCUCUCUG